GUGGAGAUGGAGCUGCAGCUGCAGGCAGAGCGGGAGGAGGAGGCGGCCCGGCAGGCCGUUCUGGAGCAGGAGAGGCGGGACCGGGAGCUGGCGCUGAGGAUCGCCCAGAGCGAGGCUGAGCUCAUUCCCGAGGAGGCCCAGACCGACCUGGGCCUGCGCAGUAACGGCUCCUCAGGUCCAUCGUCCCCAGAGAGAGCAGCAGCUCCUGCAGCCAGAAAGCUGAAAAGCUACACCAUGGAGGAAAUGGCAAAAGAAAUGUCUGAAAUUCUGUCCAGAGGUCCGCAGGUCCAGGCCUCCAAGGCUGCAGCCAACGCCAAGAAGUUUGAGCUGAGCAAGUGGAAGUAUGCAGAGCUGCGAGAUGCCAUCAAUACUUCCUGUGACAUCGAGCUCCUGGCCGCCUGCAGGGAGGAGUUCCACCGCCGGCUGAAGGUCUACCAUGCCUGGAAGUCCAAGAACAAGAAGAGGAACGCUGACACGGAGCAGAGAGCUCCUAAAUCUGUCACCGACUACGCAGCACAGAAGAACCUGGCUCCUCCCAUCCCGGCCCGGCAGUACGAGGUGGCGUUGAACCGGCAGCAGCGCUACUUCCGCAUCCCCUUCAUCCGACCGGGGGACCAGUACAAGGACCCCCACAGCAAGAAGAAGGGCUGGUGGUACGCCCACUUUGACGGGCCCUGGAUCGCCCGGCAGAUGGAGCUGCACCCAGAUAAACAACCCAUCCUGCUGGUGGCGGGGAAGGACGACAUGGAGAUGUGCGAGCUGAGCCUGGAGGAGACGGGUCUGUCCAGGAAACGGGGCGCUGAGAUCCUGCCCCGGCAGUUCGAGGAGAUCUGGGAGCGCUGCGGCGGGGUCCAGUACCUCCGCAGCGCCAUCGAAAGCCGGCAGGCGCGGCCCACCUACGCCACGGCCGUGCUGCAGACCAGCAUGCUGAAGUGAGGGCGGCGGGGGCGCUGCAGACACGAGGGACGAGCGCAGCGGUGACCCGACCCGGGCGGCGGCUCGGCUCCUGGUUCUGACAGCAGGACGCUCGGCGUGCACGGUGGUUCCUCUCAGCUGUGUCUUUUUGUUUUUGUUUGUGGGGGGUCGGGGUGCAUUAAACCCUAUGCAGGAAAAAAAAAACAAAUCACACUAAAUGUUCUGAUCCGGUUGUUUUCCGGUACUUUCUGUUUGUCUAACUGAGGCCUUAAAACCACUUUAACAGGGUUUCUGUAGAUAACUUCACCUCUCUGUGAUUAUGCAUUCCUAAUGAUCUAACAGCUGGUUCUGACCCGCUUUGGUUCCCAGUUUAUCUGCAGACCUGCUUGAUUGAAUCAAUCCUUUGUUGUUUUUUAUUUUAUUUUAUUUUUGGUUCUGAUCAGAUAACCUGAUCGGGUUCAAAUGAGUUUUGAUGAUUUUUAUUUCUUUGAUUCUUAAAAAAAAGGCAGAAAAUGUGAAUAAAUUAUGCAACAGCUGA